UAUUGACAACAUGCAUCAACACUUUAAAUAUUUAGCAAUAUUUGCAAUAAGUGUAGUACUAAUUUUAGAGUACGAAAGUAUUUCUUCAAUAUUUGUCAACAGCCCGACAAGAACAUGGCGACCCAACAAUUCCUUAAAAACAAUUCUGUAUUGGUCUCCCCUGUUUCGACAAAAGGACUACUACUUAGGUAUCGGUCAAGAAAUUUUCGCACACUGCCAAUACAAAAACUGCAACGCAACCUACGACAGGAACUCCCUUCCAGUAGACCAAUACGACGCACUUUUUUUCCACGCGCCAGACUACACCACAGCCCGGUACGGCAAACCCGAAAAACGCAACCCUAACCAGGUGUAUAUUUUCGCCAAUCUUGAAUCUCCAGAUCAAACACCGGUGUCAAUACGCGACUUCAACGGUUUUUAUAACUGGACGAUAACCUACCGGUCGGACUCAGAUAUAAUCCGUCGGUACGGCCUGUACCGCAAACAGAAGACUGGAUACACGGUACCAUCAGCUACGGAAAUUAGAAACAGAAAGAAAAAAAUCGCUUGGUUCGUGUCUCGGUGCCACGCUCGCAGCCACAGAGAGAAACUUGUCGACCAGAUUAAGAAAGUGGUACCUGUGGAUGUCUACGGAUCGUGCGGUAGAUUGAAAUGUUCCGUGAAAAACAAAGAGGAAUGUUAUGACAUGAUGGAAAAACAGUACAAGUUUUAUUUGUCGUUCGAAAACUCGGUUUGUGAAGACUACGUCACGGAGAAAAUGUACAACGUUUUGAAGAGGAAUGUAGUACCGAUUGUGUUUGGUGGUGCCAACUAUGAUGUUUUUGCGCCACCGAAAUCAGUGAUCAAUGUUUUGGAUUUUGAUUCGGUGAAGAAUUUGACGGAUUAUAUUAAGUACCUGGAUGCACACCCUGAGGAGUACUUGAAGUACUUUGAGUGGAAGAAGGACUACGUUGUGGAUACGUCGCCUAAAGAAGUUUUGUGUGACCUGUGUAAGAAGCUUAACGAACCAAGACAAACUAAAGUUUAUGGAAAUAUUUUCACGUGGUGGUUUGGUGAAAAUGUUAAGAAAUGCUUUGACAAUGUUAUCUUGAAAAUUCUAUGAAAGUGUUACUUUGUGAAAUAGCAAGCGGUUAGCCAUUGUAAACAGUUAAUUUAUGGAUGAUUUCUAAAGUUGCGCAUUUCUAACUUGAAAAUAAUGCAGAUAUUUUUCUUAUGUCAUAUAAUCAUAUGUAAGUAACUUCGGAGAUUGUAGGAGACACAAUACCAAA